GAAAUUUUCAAAUUUUGGAGCGUGAAAAUAAAAUAAAUUUCUUCAAAUAUUGUUGAACUUCUUAUGUUUCAUCACACAUUACAUCGAUGUAGGUGAUAAUUAAGUAUAGGUGAAUACUUUUAUUCUGUAUAAAAUCAAUUUGGACCUGAGAAAAGGACUAAACUAAAAGACUAUUCGAAUUGAAAUUGGAAUCAUACAAACAACAAAGCCCAAGCCUGAACCAACUGAAGGCUCAGGUUCAUGAAUUGAUCCGAUUUAUGAACUGAAUUAUUGUUUUUGAUAAGUGUAGUAGGGAUCUGAAGAAAAAGCAGGGUAUCAUAUAGGACACAGGAAUCAGACUAGAGAUGGCACCAAAGCCCAAGUUUAGCGAAGGUGAAAAAGUUCUGUGCUUUCAUGGGCCUCUUAUGUAUGAAGCAAAGUGUGUCAAGCAUGAAGUGAAAGACAAAGCUCUCCGCUACCUAAUACACUAUAGUGGCUGGAACAAGAGCUGGGAUGAAUGGGUGCCAGAGAGCAGGAUUAUGAAGCACAAUGAACAAGGUUUACAGAAACAAAAGGAACUACAGAAGGCUCAUGCGAAGAACAAACGCUUGAGGGGGUCAGGCCCAGGAAGUGGAGCACCCCCAGGGAGAGGUAACAAGCAGGAUCGCGAGAGGGAAGAAACACGCAGUACAAGUAGUCGAGCUUCAACACCAUCUGGGGAGAAACUCAUGGCAUCAAAGACUAAAGCAACUACAGACACUGGAGACCAACCUAAAAAGAAAAGAGCAAGAACCGAUGCAACUGUGGAAUCUGAGGAAUCCUUUAUGACAAAGAUUGAAGUAAAAGUGAAAGUUCCAGAAGAGCUGAAGCCAUGGCUUGUUGAUGACUGGGAUAUUAUCUCAAGGCAGAAACAGUUGGUAACUCUACCAUGUAAGACAACAGUGGAAACAAUUCUCGAUGACUAUGUGAAAUACAAAACAAGCAGUAAAAUAGGGGCUGCAAAUAAAGAUGUUAUUCUUGAAAUGACAGCAGGAUUGAGGGAAUACUUCAAUGUUAUGUUAGGAACUCAAUUGCUUUAUAAAUUUGAACGAAUACAAUAUGGAGAGAUAUUACAGAAAUAUCCAGAUAUGAACAUGUCGGAAAUUUAUGGACCAAUCCAUUUACUCAGACUUUUUGUAAAAAUUGGCAAUAUGUUGGCUUAUACUCCUCUGGAUGACAAAAGUGUUACACUGUUACUGUCUCAUAUACAUGACUUUCUAAAAUACAUGAUCAAGAAUUCCUCAACACUGUUUAGCCUGAGUAAUUAUGAGGUUGCCUCCCCAGAAUAUCAUCGGAAAUCUAUGUAACGCUAGCUGUGACACAUUUUGUUUGGAAUCAGUUUUGCAUUUAAAUAUACUACAGUGUAAACUGUGCAGCUUUGUCUGAGUAGAUAUAUUCAACUGAGUUACAUCUAAGGAAUAUCAUCGGAAAUCUAUGUAACAUUGUGAGACGAUUUAUAUAGAAUCACUGUUGCAAUGGAGAAUGAAGCGUUAUGGAUUACAGUAAAUAUUUUAGCAGCUGAAAUGUAUCUAUGGAAUAUCAUAAAGUGGAACUGUAGGUUGCAUGCACACAGUUCAAGAUGGUGAAGACAUUGAACUGAAACUGUGCCUUAGGAAUGUUCUAGUAGAUCUGUUAACUGUUAGUGAUAGCUGUAAGCCAGCUGCGUAGCCUUAUCUGCUAGACAUUGAAAAGUGGGACCAGGUCUUUGUAAUAAUAUCAUGAAGCUAUUGA